CCCUCAUUAUUUGCUGUCGCGGCCCAGCCUCUUCUUAGGAAGGAGCUAAUUGCAUCAUGGUCUCGUCGUGAGUCCAGCGCUGCGCCUAAUCUGACGCCGCUUGUGUCGCCCUGCUUUCUCUUCGUUUCCCUUUCCUGCACAUCCUGAAUUGACACCUCAUUGUUAACUUCUGUCGCUCCUUCAUCUCGAGCACGGCGUUGCGGCUGCCCCUCCCCCAUCAUCACUCGGCUUCCCCGGAGUCACCUACCGGCUAAUUGCCCCGACGACCGCGCAACUCGACGACAUCCGUCAUCUCGCCGCCGCCCAGCGCAAAUUGCGCAAACUCUGGUGAACCUGUCGUUCCUCAUCAGCAUUCAUCAUGCCUGCAGUACCUGAAUUGCUCAAUGCGAUAGCGCAGCUGGGCAAUCUGGCGCCUCGUGCUUAUGGCAGCGAUAGCCUGCUCCCGCGCAAGCCUGCUAUUGACAUUGAGGCGCCUCGCACAGCACCAGUCUCGAAGCGACAACAGAUGACCAUACAGCCGGGAAUAAUACCCACAUACUACAACCUAGAUGGCCCCGAGCCAGGCACAGUGGUCGGCAUCGUCUUAGGCAGCGUCGGAGGCUUCCUGCUCGUCGUCUGGCUGCUCUACUCCCUCACCAAUGCCAGCAGAGCCGGCACGACAACUGCCAUGGCGGGCGAAGAGGAAAUCGUAGUGCGCAGGCCUAGACGCAAUUCGCAUGGAAACAGGUCCCGGCGCAAUUCGCAUGCGCAGAUGCGCGAAGUUAGCAGGAGCCCAAGGCAGUCGAGUGGCCGCUCACACGUCAUAGUGGAGGAGAGGAGAGGACCGCCGCCGCCGCGGACAAGAAGCAUCAUCGUUGAAGACCGGCGGAGAGUGCCGAAUGACGAUGUGGUCGAAGUCAUUGAAGAACAUGAAGAGGAGUACAGAGAGAGGCGAGGCAGUCGACGGGGGGGAUAUCGGUGAUCAAUGCUACUGAUCAACGCGCCGCUUAGCCGGCACAUCCACAACAUUACUUCAACUGCUCUCGGCAUCUUGCCGUGCUGCAACCACCUUAGGAUACCCUUUUUGUUUUAAUCAUUCUGUUGUAUCUUUUUCACCGCACCUAAGCAGGGCCUUGUGGCUACUGCAAGAUCAGCAUACAGUACAUA